GCACAUGUGUUGUUGCCUGCGCGCGCGGUGAUGUCAGAGAAACAUGGCAGCAGAUAGGACCCAGCAGAGAGCGUCCCCUCGCGCUCGUCUCACCUGUGGCCGGCCGGUCUGCACCGCUCUACCUGCAGCUGCAGCUCCCCCUCACACCGCUCUCAACCCCCAGCCCUGAACCCUGCACCCGCGCGCUUCGCUCUCGGCUCUCACUGCACGGCAAACGGCGAUGUGGUGGUGGUGGUGCUCGCGCUCGCUCUCGUCGUGCACGCGGAAGCCGCAGCCGCUGGGCUCGCUGCUGCUGUCGCCGCUCCUGCUCGCGCAGCUGUUGCUGCUGCUGCUGCACGCCUCGGGCGGCGAGCUCGUGUUCCGCUGCCCGAGCUGCACGGCCGAGCGCCAGGCCGCGUGCCCCAGCCCGCCGGCCGCGUGCGUGGAGAUCGUGCGCGAGCCCGGCUGCGGCUGCUGCCCCGUGUGCGCGCGCCUGCUGGGCGAGCCGUGCGGCGUGUACACGCCACGCUGCGCGAGCGGACUGCGCUGCAGCCCCGUCCCCGGGGAGCCGUACCCGCUCGAGCAGCUCAUCCGGGGAUACGGGCGCUGCGAGAGGAGAGUGGAGCCCACGGUCAGCCACGAGCUACCGGACAUGGACACGGAUGACGUAGACCUCUCUGGGACAAGAUCGCCGUUUUUGAAGAAGCCGACCAAAGAUGCUAACUACUGGCUGAAGGAGACUGCUGUUAGGCAUCACCAGAAUGAGCAGAGGUCCAAGAUGAUGCUCAACCGUGUGGAGGAUCUUAAGACACCUCGGCCCAGACAGAGUCAGUGUGAGCAGGAGCUGGAUAAAGUCCUGGAGGAGAUCUCCAAAAUGACCUUCCACAACAACAAGGGACCCCUGGAGAACCUCUAUGAGCUGAAGUUCCCCAACUGUGACAUAAAAGGACACUAUAAUCUAAAACAGUGCCACAUGUCCACCCAUGGGCAGCGAGGCGAGUGCUGGUGCGUGAACCCCUACACCGGCAUCCAGAUCCCCUCCUCGGCCCGGGUGAGGGGCGACCCCAACUGCAGCCAGUACACCGGCGGGCCAGAGCUGGAGCCCCCCACCGACCUGCAGAAAUAGACGUGCUCUGUCACCCGCGGAGGGAACAAGCAGAGCUACACAACAAUGAGAGACGAAGCUGGAGAGAGGCGUGCAUGCUUGUAUUUUUGCGUGUAUAAAAUGUGUAUAAAAUCAAUCUUACGGUCCCAGAUUUUAAUUUCUAAUCUCAAGUACAACAAAAAAAGCAUGUUAAAAAGAAAAACAGCUCAUGACAAAAAAUAGAAGACAAGGACACAUUUGUAUCCCACCCUCCUGCAUUUCCAUCAUUCUUUCUUUCAUAACUCAUAAAUUGAUGCUAAUUUGACAGUGAGAGGCAGACAGGCAUUGUGUCCUCCUGUUCACUGUAAAUUACCCAGUAAGCACUGGGCCUACUUGUGCCAACUUUGAGCCCAGUGUGUAACACAGUGUGGGCUGCUGUCUGACUGAGUUUGGCUACGUUCCCACCUCCAUUAAGUCAGGCAAACAUACUGUAUUUUUUGCACUAUAAGGCGCACUUAAAAUCCUUUAAUUUUCCAAAAAAACAAUGAACAGUGCGCCUUAUAAUCCGGUGCACCUUAUGUAUGUAAAAGCCACUCUGAUGAAGUACAGUGUUAUAAAGGAGUUUCAGUGAAGUUUCUCCAGCACCAAGGCAGGAGCAGUAUUAUAUUAGGAUUAGCCACUAGCCACAGAGGUGAUUAUGUUGGCUACAUUGUAGCCUGCAUGUUUUCCAUAGUUAAAACAAGCCACGUUUAAAAUAAACAGUUUUCAGGAAAGAAAUCUGUUUAGAUUAACAUCCAGCGCUUGUUUGACUUUGAAAGACAAUGUUUUUUUUUUACAAUAAACCCGCCAACACAUCCCACUUACCUCACCCGUAAUAAUACAGUGCGCCUUAUAGUCCGUAAAAAUACGGUACACUAAAUGCUGGGACUGCUUAGUUCAUAUAUGCUAAACCGAGCUAAGCGCUAAAUGUUCAGCUAAACACCAAGGGAUGUAUGUAUGCUAUGCUAACAUGUAUAGGCUAACAUAUAAGCUAAUUUCUAGAUGGAACAAGGUGCUUUAUGUACUCGUUUUAUUAUUUUCUUUUUUUGUUAUUUUUUUUUCUUCAUUAUCUACAAUGAACCAUCAGUGCUAUGUACUUGUAUUCAUUAUGAUUAAUCUUUCCUUCUUUCCCUACCGCUGCCUCCCCACUCUCUCUCUCUCUCUCUCUUUCUCUUUCUAUAACACCCCACCUUCCCCAUCUUCUUCAUAAGCCUGUGGAGCUGCAUUCUCUGUAGUGGAGAGGCCUUGUCUCCUGUCUGCAGGGUGUCCACAGAGGGUCGGUUUGUGUGGUUUAUGUGGAUGAGUAUGAGUGUGUGUGUGUGUGUGUGCCUGUGUGUGUUAAGGGGAUGUAGCCACUGGUAGCUUGGCAGCUGAUAGACCUCUGCCUGCCCCACCCACCCACGUUUGACCCCCCCCUCCGCCUCCACCACCUCAUCCCAUCCCAUCCAAUUCUCCCCAUCCAGUUAUGUGCGGGGGAAAAAUGGGGUGGAGUGGUAUGAUGGGCAAGGGUGGAGGGGGCACACAAGUGGUUACUAAUGACGUGCUGACAGAGGUCGAGAUUAGGACACAGGCCUGACAUUGACAAAUGUGAUAUUAAGUGGGUUAAGGGCCUAUAAAUAAACGCAGGUUUGCGAAUGUAUGCCUGCAAUGCAGAGAUGGGUCAGGCUUUACCUAGCUACUCUACAGUCUCUCGAGGGGGUGGAGGGGGAGGGGAAGGACCUGAGAGAGGAGGGCUUUUGGUGGUGGCUGUGGUCGUGGUGGUUGUCGGGGAGGGUGUACACAGUCGUGUGAAGGCAAGCCAAGGAGCGCACAGGUUGAGCGCGAGUGCUAAGCUUGCCCUGUCAGCAGAUUUCCCACCUGGUGCGAUCUAUUUAGUACAAGUGGUGCUCAGCAGGUAUGCAGGGAUUAGAGCUUGCGAUUGUGCUUAAUGAGAAUUCUGCUCACAUUUGCUCAGCUAGCUCGUGAAAUAUGAUCUUGCUUGUUGUCCGUCAGUCAUUCACACACACAUACACUCACUCUCUCUCUCUCUCUGUCUUUGUCUCUCUCCGAUCGUAUAGCAUUGAACAGCUCAAAAUGACUGCAUCCAGAAAUAGCAGCUGAUUAAGCUUGAUCGAUUGUAAACAAAUGCAACGGCGUAGGCCACAAAAGCUCUGUAUGAAAACCGAACAGCUUCAACAGCUCGGCUAAGCUCGGCUCGGUUGAGACCUCUGCGAGUUCGCCUCUCAGAUAACAUAUUAACCUCCAAUAACUCACAUGGCAUUUCCAUGUCCAGCGCGGCUUUAAAAUUAGCUUUCAUAGAUUUUCUUUUUUUAGUGUGUAUUAUGGUGCUACAGAACGGCUCUCUUAAAACCCCCACCCACCCAACCCCCACCCCACUGGACUGAACUGGACUGGACAGGGGGGGUUGGUGCCAGCAGAGAGAAUGCUGAGACACUGGCUGCGAGUUUUCCGUUUGGGUUGGUUUCCGAAAUAGAUUGCUGCCUGCCCUCCGGUGGUACAGUAAAUUUUACGGUACUUUGAGUCUGGCCUAGUUUGAAAACAAAGCGAAACCAAUCCCUGUGGUUUUUGGGCAUAUUGAUUUUCCACAGUUGUCCUAAAGGGCUGAAAGAAUGUGAAUGUGUGUGUGAGCGAGGGAGUGUGAUGGCAUGAGAGUGUGUGUGUGUGUGUGUGUGUGUGUGUGUGUGUGCAGAGGGGGUUGCUGUGCCACGCCUGCAGCCUGAGGACAGAGGAAAGCAGUGUUUGCCAUCUGCUGCAGUGUAAAACUGUCAGGUCUGCUCUCUCUGUGUUUGACGAGGCUCACAUAGGCCACAGAGGGAAUUUCUUAAGCAAAUCCAAAACACCAUGUGCCAUGUCAGUCUUUCUCAUGCACUUACUCUCUCCCCCUCCUCCUUUUUUUUCUUUUUGUCGCUUUGCAUGUUAUUGAGUACCAGGAGGCGCACCUGCAUCUGAUAGUAAAGCUUUACUUUUAACCACCAAAGAAAGAAAAAAAAACAAUGCUUGUGGCGUCUUAUAGAAAUGGUCAGUGAAUACAACAAGUGCCUGCCUGUAAUUAAAAAAGGGACUAAAAAAAAGCCAUGAAUGCAUGUAAAGCAGUACAGUUAUUGUCAUUUAUUACAGGAUUAAAUUACAAUACAAUUAAACAUGUUACCUUCAACAA